AUGGAUCCCGGGCAGCAGCAGCCGCCGCCUCAGCCAGCCCCCCAGGGCCAAGGGCAGCCGCCCGCGCAGCCCCCCCAGGGGCAGGGCCCGUCGUCCGGGCCCGGGCAGCCGGCACCCCCGGGGUCCCAGGCGGCACCGCAGGCCCCCCCCGCCGGGCACCAGAUCGUGCACGUCCGGGGGGACUCGGAGACCGACCUGGAGGCGCUUUUCAACGCCGUCAUGAACCCCAAGACGGCCAACGUGCCCCAGACUGUGCCCAUGAGGCUCCGGAAGCUGCCUGACUCCUUCUUCAAGCCUCCAGAGCCCAAGCCCCACUCCCGACAGGCCAGUACUGAUGCAGGCACUGCAGGGGCCCUGACUCCACAGCAUGUUCGAGCUCACUCCUCUCCAGCUUCCCUGCAGCUGGGAGCCGUAUCUCCUGGGACACUGACACCCACGGGAGUAGUCUCUGGCCCAGCAGCUACACCCACUGCUCAACACCUUAGACAGUCUUCUUUUGAGAUACCUGAUGACGUACCUCUGCCAGCGGGCUGGGAGAUGGCAAAGACAUCUUCUGGUCAGAGAUACUUCUUAAAUCACAUAGAUCAAACAACAACAUGGCAGGACCCCAGGAAGGCCAUGCUCUCCCAGAUGAACGUUACAUCCCCUACCAGUCCACCAGUGCAGCAGAACAUGAUGAAUUCAGCCUCAGGUCCUCUUCCUGAUGGAUGGGAACAAGCCAUGACUCAGGAUGGAGAAAUAUACUAUAUAAACCAUAAGAACAAGACCACCUCUUGGCUAGACCCCAGGCUUGACCCUCGUUUUGCCAUGAACCAGAGAAUCAGUCAGAGUGCUCCAGUGAAACAGCCACCACCCCUGGCCCCCCAGAGCCCUCAGGGAGGAGUCAUGGGUGGUGGCAAUUCCAACCAGCAGCAACAGAUGCGGCUGCAGCAGUUGCAGAUGGAGAAAGAGAGACUGCGACUGAAGCAGCAAGAACUGCUUCGGCAGGAAUUAGCUCUCCGUAGCCAGUUACCAACACUGGAGCAGGAUGGUGGGACUCAAAAUCCAGUAUCUUCUCCUGGGAUGUCUCAGGAAUUGAGAACAAUGACGACCAAUAGCUCAGAUCCCUUUCUUAACAGUGGCACCUAUCACUCUCGAGAUGAGAGCACAGACAGCGGACUAAGCAUGAGCAGCUACAGUGUCCCUCGGACCCCAGACGACUUCUUGAACAGUGUUGAUGAAAUGGAUACAGGUGACACUAUCAACCAAAGCACCCUACCCUCACAGCAGAACCGUUUCCCAGACUAUCUUGAAGCCAUUCCUGGGACAAAUGUGGACCUUGGAACACUGGAAGGAGAUGGAAUGAACAUAGAAGGAGAGGAGUUGAUGCCAAGUCUACAAGAAGCUUUGAGUUCUGACAUCCUUAAUGACAUGGAGUCUGUUUUGGCCGCCACCAAGCUAGAUAAAGAAAGCUUUCUUACAUGGUUAUAGAGCCCUCAGGUAGACUGAAUUCUAAAUCUGUGAAGGAUCUAAGGAGAUAUACCUGAAAUUUCCAAAUAAGCCGGUUGUGAUCUUCUGGCUAAUACAGAAAAAGAUGAACAAACGUCCAGCAAGAUUCUUUCAUCCACUAUUUUGCUCUUCCUUGUCCAUUGCUGCUGUUAAUAUAUUGCUGACCUCUUCCAUGUUUGGCUCUAAAGAAUCAAAAAAAAACUUUUUUUGUUUCUUUUGCUAUUAUAACUACUGUUUGUUUUGGGGGCUGGGGGAAGUGAGCCUGUUUGGAUGAUGGAUGCCAUUCCUUUUGCCCAGUUAGACGUUCACCAGUCAUUUUAACUAAAUAUUCAGACUUGGAAGUCAAAUGCUUCACGUCACAGCAUUUAGUUUGUUCAAACAAUUGUUUCUUCAGCUGCCUUUGGCCAGUGAAAAAACAUGACUUACUGGUCUGACAAGC